UUUUGUUCCGGAAGCAAAGUCUUUUCCGGUUCCGGUUGUACGUUUUUUCGCGAAAAUAUGUAAACAGGAAAACAUUAACAAAAUGUGUAGUUAUUUAUUUUAUCAGCAGUUUUUAACUGUUUCAUUGCUAACCAUUCUCAACUUAAUUAUGGGAAAGUGUGAGGCUAUUUCAACAUGAGUGUGACGCCAAUUACCGAGGCCAGCAACCUCAUUUCCGAGGGCAUAGAUGUAGAGCAACCAACCGGUAUAGUUUCAAUUCUUCAAAAAUGUGACGCUGAAAUCUUUGAAGGAUACGAGGAUUACAAGUCACUACUACACGACGACACGGUGCAGACAUUAGAAAACAUAGCGGGCCACAUCCAAGACAUUUUAGAGAAUCCUGAUGGUGGUCUGGUGGUGUUUGGUGGCUGUGGAACAUCCGGCAGGCUUGGCUUCGUGGCAUCGCGUACGUUUAAUGAAUUACAAGAUUUCCGCCGACAGCCAGAGUUAUUCCGUUACUGCCUCGCUGGAGGAGAUAAAGCAUUGUUUACCUCGCAAGAAGCACCGGAGGAUGAUCCGAAUGCAGGAAUUGAGGCGCUUAAACGGGCAAGUGAGGGUAAGACGAAGGUGGUCUACAUAGGGAUAACAUGUGGACUAUCAGCUCCAUACGUGGCGGGACAGCUGGACUUCUGCCUUGACCACCCAGACCGCUUCAUUCCUGUGCUUCUGGGAUUCAAUCCUGAAAAAUUGGCAAGAAAUAACCCGAUAGACAAGUGGGACAAAACGUUUAUGCAAGUUGUCAACAGAUUGAAAGAACGAAUGGACUCCGGAACAACUGCCUACAUUUUAAACCCAGUCGUUGGGCCCGAGCCUAUCACGGGUUCGAGCCGAAUGAAGGGCGGCACUGCGACAAAGGUUCUCCUAGAGACCGUCUGCCUCAAGGCUCUCUUCGACGCCACACAUUCUACAGAAAACAUGUCAGUGCGUUCCAUGAUCGAAUGUUAUCGGGCUGUGUGUGAUGCCGUAUACUCCAAGCGGGACGCAUUGGCGCAGGUCGUCAACAUGGCUGGAGAGGGCCUCCGGUCUGGUGGGUGCAUCUACUACCUCGGUGUAGACAGCCUGGCAAUCAUGGGUCUUAUCGACGCUUCCGAGUGUCCCCCUACUUACGGAUCGAGUUUGGACGAUGUUCGCGGCUUUGUUGGUGCUGGAUACGCAUCUCUGAAAAAUAUGGAGGGAGACAUUUCUCCAUAUGGGAGACAUUUUAGAAUCUCACUAGACAACUUUGAUGACAUUCUGCUCACCGAAAAAGAUAUCGCCAUUGUCAUCAAUGCAGGUACCGAAGAAAGUGUUUUGACACAUAUUCGAGGAAAACAGUGCAAGAAAUUUUUACUUACGUUUGAGCAUUUUCAGGCAAAGUCAGACAUAUUUGAUCACGUGUUUAGGAUUGACAUGCCUCUAAAUGUGUUAAACGAACUCAUUGGUCAAGAGACAACGACCACAGCCAAUCAGAUGUUUCGAGAAAUAGCGGUGAAAUGGUGCCUUAACGCUAUAACUACUGGAGCUCAUAUUUUAAAAGGGAAAGUCUACAAGAACAUUAUGAUUGACGUCAAAGUGAGCAACAACAAACUUUACCAUAGAGCCGCGGGGAUUUUACAGCGUCUAGGUAAGCUUGACCACGAUACUGCACUCGAAUAUUUGCUGCGGUCUAUCUAUGACACAGACCACGUGACCGACCAUAUCCGGGACCUCCCUAUAGCACAGCACAUACUAACUGCCACGCCCAGAAGUAAGAUAGUUCCUGUUGCGCUGGUAGCGGCAGUUACCGGAAGUUCGGUAGAGGAGGCGAGAAAGCGUCUGGAUGAGCAACCCGUUAUCAGAACAGCCAUCGUCCAGGCGCUGGCAAGCGCCUCGAAGUAGAUGAACUGUUGAUUUGCUUGAUCACGUGGUAUAUUUCGUUGAAAUGUCAAGCUUGCUAAUAAAUU